GGGAAACUAAAAAAUCAGAUUAUUGAAAAAUAAUGCAAGAGUGAAUACGACGUCGUUCUUGCGCAUCUAGGAACCAACCCGCCGGAAAGAAAAGAGUAAGGGUUUCAAACUUAAGAAGAAGAAGAAGAACGAUGAGGAUCACGGCGGAGCCGAGCUCGGAGCCAAGCCGCUCUCCAACUCCCAAAGACGAAGUUGAAUGGCUCCCACUUCCCAAACACCCUCUCUUUACUGCCGCCGCAAACGGUGGUUCCGGCACCGCCAUUUCCCGGAACCUACUUGCCUGGGACGGAGCCUCUCGCCUCUACUUUUGGGACUCCAACAACAACUUCCUCCAUCGCCUCUCUCUUCGCCUCGGCGACCCCGAUCCACCUUCCGUCCUCGCUGCUUUCCCUUCUAAGGUGUUACAAGCGGACGGGGUGCUUGAUUUCGAUGUUCAGAAAAUCUCCAUCAACCGGAACGGAACUGCAAUACUCCUUUUUGGUUCUGAAAGUCUCUGUGUUAUGUACCCCUAUGGACGCACUUCUAGAAAGGACGUGAACUUGAUUUGCAGGACUAUUACUGUUGGUUCUCAAACGUAUUCUACCGGCAGCAAAGAUAUUCGUGUGUUACAAGCGUUAUGGCACCCUUACAGUGAUACUCAUUUGGGAAUCCUUUCUUCUGAUUCAGUUUUCCGGCUUUUCAAUCUGGCUGUGGAUCCUUUGCAACCGGAGCAAGAAUAUUAUUUACAGCCUGUUGAGCCUGGUAGAUCAAGGAAUGCCUCAUCAGUGUGCCCGAUUGAUUUUUCUUUUGGGGGAGACCACUUAUGGGACAGGUUUAGUGUUUUUAUUUUGUUCAGUGAUGGGGCUAUUUAUGUACUUUGCCCUGUUGCUCCAUUUGGAAGUUUCUUCAAAUGUGAGCCUCUAUUAGAAAUAUACAAUGAUGCUCAUACAUUUGGGCUAAUAUCAGCCAACUCUUUAGCGGCUAGUAAUUCAAAGUUAGCAAUCUCCUGGUUAGAAGCAACAUUUCCCGAGUUACAGAACCAAGAAACUGAAGGAGACAACCUGUCUUUGCUAAGAGCUCACGCUUAUGCUUUAUUUGAUGCAUCUCUUGUCUUGCAGGGACCUCUGCGAAGAGUAGGUCAGGACAGGAAUGAAGAUUCAGUUGGUCGUAGUGCAGAAUGUGAAGGCCGUGCAGUUAAUUUUCUUUAUAAUUUAGUCAGCAAAGACUCUAUUUUGGUGACUGCCUGGACUGGUGGGCAAUUACAGAUAGAUGCUCUAGCCGAUGAAAUCCAACCUGUCUGGAGUAUUGGUAGUCCACCUCGUCUUCGUGUUGAUUCCCAUGACCAAAUUCUUGGCCUUGCUAUGAUUUGUGAGUCAAUUGCCAGCGGCUGUCUGGAGAAGCUUGAUCAUAAUGCCUGGUUGGGUAAUCCACCACCCUUGCUGAGACUUGCCGUUGUUGAUUUGGCUCUGCCACAAAGAGCAGAAAGUGGUUAUAAUAUUUCAUUGUUCAUUGAUACCCUUAUGCCAGAAAGAAUAUAUUCUCUCCAUGAUGGAGGGAUUGACUCAAUAGUUUUGCAUUUUCUUCCAUUUACAAGUCAGACAACUGGCAAGGAUGAUACAAUGAGAACGCCGUCUGUGCAUCCUGUUCUAAAUACUUGCCAGAGUGGAUGCACCUCAGAGCCUUCAUUCUGUGGCUUUGUGUCAUUAUCAGAUUCAUUUGGAUAUUCAUGGAUUGUAGCUAUUACUCUUUCUCAUGAGUGUGUCAUGUUUGAGAUGAAAACUUGGAACCUGUUGCUUCCAGUAAGCAUUGAUAUGGAGAAGAAACCCAUUCCACCAGAGGGGGAAUCAAAAGAGAGAGAGAUACCAACAAUAAUUAGCAAAGAACUGCUUAGUGGUCCCAAGGAGGUGCUUGUUCCUCAGGCCUCUCCAAGUUUGCGAUCGGUUGCUUCUGAUUCAAUUGAAGGCCGAUCAACAUUACAUCAGUAUUUCAAGCUGUUUCAUGAAACUUAUGUGGAGUAUGCACAUAAGGUGUACCUGGAGCUCAAGCAUCACGCACCUCAGUUAAAGAAAAUCAUUAAUGACCAACAUUCAAGGUUAGCAGAAGCACAACAGAAACUAUUGAAAGUCGAGGAGAAAGAGUCUAUAUUACAAAAAAGGAUAGAUCGUGCAAUUCAAAUGCACAAUUCUUUGGAAGAUCGCUUGCAACAAUUAAGGAACUUACCUUGUGCUCAUAAAAAACCACUCUCUAGUGCAGAGCGUCAAUUUAAAUCUGAGCUUGACCACUUCAAGGAUGUUGAGUUGGAUGCUUUGCAUUCUUCUGUUGAUGCACUAAAUGCAAGGCUGAGAAGGCACUUGCAAGCUUCAAAAGCCAGUCACCAACAACAGAAAACAUCAGGGAAGAAAACUUAUGGUGGAGAUGAUCAGAUAUCCAUGCUCAAAUCAUCGCUCGAAAAACUUUCACUUGUAAAUAAUGAAAACUCAAAGAAAGUUAAACUUGUGGAGUCUACAUUGAGAAGCAAAGAAAGAAGCAGCCGAGAAUCAAGCCUGCCUCUGCUCUAAAACUGUCCUAUGGCUUUUACUUUCAGUAGGACAGGGGUGGUUCUGAAUUAUUAUGGUCCUAUUGUUUGCACACCCACCAUUCAGUCGCCCCAGUGUGUCACGAAAAUUUGGGUAUUUGAUAGAAAGAAGUUGGAAGUACAGCUAAUAUAUUUAUUUAUAAACUAGAUUAAUUUCAAUGUCGAAAGGGAAAAAAAAUUGCAGGGUCAAACUCUGUGGUACUUCCCUCAAUGUCAGUAUUGGAGAAGAAAUGCUAGGAUGCCUUUGUCACUAAUUUAGAAAGGAACACGAGACUAAUUAUGUUGUUCGGUUGGAUGUUAGUGAAAUGGAAUUAUAGAUCGACUUCAUUUUGUACUAUUAAUUUUAAUUGAAAGUGAGUUUGAAGUAGAGAGAUUUAUGUUUAGAAAUUAUUUUCU